AUGACUAAACUUAAUAGCACUUUAAGAUAUUAAAUUAAACAUGAAUCUACUUCCAUUAUUUUGAGAUUAGAAAAAGAUGAUUGUUAAUUUAAAGAAUAUUUAUUUCUAGAUAAGUCUGAACCUUGGGAAUUAAAAUUAAAAUCAUAAAUUCCUUAAUUAGAUUAUUAAACUUAUUAUGAACUUGAAAAAUUGAUUGGAAGUGGAAGUUUUGCUUCUGUUUAUAUAACUAAAAGAAAAACAGAUGGUAUUAAAUUAGCAAUCAAAGCCUUCCUUAAAAAAAUGCUUAUAUAGAAAGAUCCUGAAAAAUGGAGAGUAUUUUAUUCAAAUUUAUAUAGGAAUCUAUUGAUAAUGAAAUAAAAGUUAUGAAAUCCUUAGAUCAUACUAGUAUAUUAAAAUGUUAUGAUCAUUUUGAAAAUAGAGCAUAAUGCUAUAUUGUGAUGGAUUUGGCAAGAGGAGGAACACUAGAAUAAGGAUUAAAGAAAUUAGAAGAACCUUUGCCUUUUUUGACAGUCAAAGUUAUAUUCAGAUAAAUUGUUGAAGCAAUCAAACACAUGCAUGAAAAAGGAUAUAUGCAUCGUGAUUUAAAACCAAGUAAUAUACUUCUUAAGAGACCUAUGGCAUUAAAAUAAUUCUCAUUGAUUGCAUAAACUGAUCCUAAUAUAGUAGUAAGUGACUUUGGAGUAAGUUCAGAAAUAAAGAAAGAUAUGGAUGUUGGAAAAUAUUGUGGAUCUCCAGGUUUUAUGGCUCCAGAAGUAAUUCUUUGUGAAAAUAACAAAACAUUAACUUAUGAUGAGAAAUGUGAUAUCUUUAGUUUAGGAUGUAUUUUAUAUAGAUUGUAAUUAUAUUAAUAAAUUGUAGAAUAACAAAUAAACCAUUAUUUAAUGGAUAGAAUUCAUAAGCUAUGAAAUAGUAGAAUAAAGAAUGUAAUCUAGAUUGGAAUAAGAUUUAAGAUGAAUUUUAUUAAAAUAAGGCUUUGGUAAAUUUAUUAAGCAAAAUGUUAUCUAUUGAUCCUAGACAGAGACCAUCAUGUGAAGAUAUAUUAAAUAGUAAGAUAUUACAAGUUUAAUUGGAUAAUGAAGGUUGUCCCUUAUUUAUCAAUUAUAAAAAACCUAAAUCUUCUUCAAUAUAAUAAAUAAAGACUGCUAGACCAUCAAUUAAAUCAGUUAGUAAUUGUAAAUUGCCUUAGUUAUCACCUAAUCAUUUUACAUUUAAUAAUCAUAAUAAUAAUCAUAUUAACAAAAGAUCAGGGAAUUUGUUAUUACCACCUAUAAAUAGUAGAUUAUAAACUGAAUAAAGCUAAUAUUGA